AUGUGCUGGGACAGUGUGGAUGCGGAUGCGGCGGAUGCGGAUGUGGAUGUUGGGCAGGAGCUCGAAGCCUGUGGAGACGAGAAGGCCAAGGUCAAGGAGGAGCUGCGAGGGAGAAAUCACAUAAGUCAUCUGUCACAGCAGAAGCCAAAGCGCUGUCAGGGCAGUCCAUGCCUUGGAGGUGUUAAACCUUGCAAGGAGUGUGACAAAGCACUGGAGCAGGCGCUUGCAAUCGUGAAUGGAUGGGUCAGAUAUGGUCAGACGAAAGAGCGGAGACAUGUGGAUAAUGUGGUGCGCUGUCAAGUCACUAUCGCUCCCAGUACAGUCAGUACAGUCAGUACAGUCAGUACAGUCAGUACAGUCAGUACAGUCCCUCAAGUCAGUUAA